UUUUUCCUCUUUCUCCAAACAAACAAUUACCACGAUUCCAGAUUUCCGAUUCCGCCCUCACCUAGUCACACCCACCAGGCUCCCUCAGUCAUGGGAAACUGCAACUCAUCCGAUUCAACCCGGGUCGCCACAGCCAAGCUUAUUCUUCAAGACGGAAAGUUGCAGGAGUUCUCAUAUCCUGUGAAGGUAUCGUUCUUGUUGCAGAAGUAUCCCGCCUGCUUCAUAUGCAACUCCGACGAAAUGGACUUCGACGACGUCGUUUCGGCCAUCGACGAGGACCAGCUCCUGCAACCCGGUCAGCUCUAUUUCGCGCUUCCCCUCAGUCGCUUGAAGCAGCGCUUGCAGCCUCACGAGAUGGCCGCAUUGGCCGUCAAGGCCAGCUCUGCGCUCAUGAAAACCGCCGACAAAUGCGGCUCUCGCCGCAAACAGAUUUUGCUCUCUAACGAAUAUGACUCUAACCCUAAGCGCGUGUCUCCCACACUCGCUGCCGGUGCCGGAACUGUACAUAGAAGGGGAAGGGCCACCGCUCCCGCCGGUAAGGGGAGGUUUGCGGCCUUGUUGAGUUCCAUUCCGGAGUAGGGGUAGUUUCGGAAGAGAAUAUAUCAGCCGGUGAUUUCGUUCGUUUGUACAUAAAAAAACUUUAUUAAAAAAAAGUAAUAUAAAAUUUUGAACAUUGUAGAGUUGUUUUAGGAACAAUGAAAACGAUUAGAUUCUCGGACCAAGUCAUGAUGGAUAUUCAUUCA